CCUUGGGUUUGAAGCUCGGGAUUGGCCCAGAGGCGUUUCCGGCUGGAGUCACGAAGGCUCCGGCUCCUUCCGGAGUGUGUGUGUCCAACGGGCCUCAGUCGCCAGUCGCGGUUGGGAGGGCGCUGUAAACGCCUUGGCGCCUGCGGGCUGCUGCGGGCAGCACUGGCAGAGUGCGGUGGCUCUGGGUGGGCGGGGCCGUACACCCGCGGUCCUCUCUCCAGGCGGGCCGAGGCUGUGCUAACGGGUUACUUUGAGAAGUGGCGGUUCUAGGUUCUGGUGUGAGACUCAUUAUUUGGGCAGUGUAUUUGGAUGGCUCAGAAAUGGGCGCCGCUCCACUUAACCCCGAGUUCUCAGUCUGGAAAGGAAGUUCGGGUUUGUGAAUUUUAAAUUUGCUGAUGACCAGGGAAGAGCCUUGAGACUUAGUGAGACAAACGUCCUUGGGUAUGAAAUUAAAUUAAGAAAACCAAAAAGAAAGGAUGUGAGAAAGUUUGAAUCCUGCAUGUGUGUCACUAAUUCAGAAGAUGAAAGGACUAAAUGUUGACUCUUCGUUCUUCUCUCCCCCACACCAUCUCCACAACUGCAGGAUUGCAUAUGUUGAUUUCAAGUCACAGGCUGAUGCAGAAAGAGCCUUGGACUAGAAACAAGGAACAGAGCUCAGACAUCUGCGGCUCUCCGGAGGCAGCUUUGGACACGUGGCCCGGGAGAGAGCCACCUGCAGACGGGGAAUUUCUGGUCCCUGGUUCGUUGGCGGGCGGGGCUGACGUGGGCCUCCGACGAGGGCUCUGUGAACCUUUGCGGUCCCCGAGUUUCCGGAGGUCUCGGUCUCAACAGCGGGGAAACGGGGGACGAACGGCUCUCUCCACGGCCGCCGGACGGCUCACUGUGGAGAGCGGGCCGGAGCCGCGCAGCAUCUCCAAGGCCUCCUCAGUCGACAGGACCUCGACGCAUUCGGGAACCCGAAACCACCCCUUGCCGGCCGCCCGGGGCUCAGGAACAAGCGGCGCCAAAAUCUUCCGUCCCACGGCGCAGACGCCGGGAGAGCAGGCCGCGGAGGGGCACUGUAGGAACCGCGAGCCCACUACCCAAUCCGCGCCGGCCUUACACAAAGCGAGUCCCGCCCCCAGGGCGCCGCCGCCGAAUCCCCUCCCCACUCCCCUGCCCUCCUCGGCCCGCCCUCUCCCGCCUGCGUCCCGCCCCGCGCCGUUCUCCCGAUUGGUCCAGGGGAUGGACGCAACCUCUGAUUGGCCGAGACGGAGUCACGAGGGCGCCGUCGUCGCCUUUCCAGAGGCGAUUACUGGGCAGGCUCAGUCUUUCGCCUCAGUCUCGAGCUCUAGCUAG